ACGGCGCGGCGGCCAAGCGCAGCGCCUAUCCGCGGGAUGGCUCAGGCGGCCGGCCCGGCAGGCGGCGGGGAGCCGAGGGCCGACCCGGCGAGCGGCGAGGGGCCGCCGGAGGCCGGCGCGGCGGCCGGGGGCACGGAGGACGCCCUGAGCCUGGAAGAGAUCCUGAGGCUCUACAACCAGCCCAUCAACGAGGAGCAGGCGUGGGCCGUGUGCUACCAGUGCUGCGGCUCCCUGCGCGCCGCGGCCGCCCGCCGCCGCCAGCCCCGGCGCCGCGUGCGCUCGGCCGAGCAGAUCCUCAUCUGGAGGGACGGCGCCGUCACCCUGGCGCCCGCCGCCGGCGACGAGGGAGAGCCGCCCCCCACUGCGGGUAAAUUGGGAUAUUCACAGUGUACAGAAACAGAGGUUAUUGAAUCUUUGGGAAUUAUUAUUUAUAAAGCACUGGACUAUGGUUUAAAGGAGAAUGAAGAAAGGGAAUUAAGCCCUCCCUUAGAGCAGCUUAUUGAUCAUAUGGCCAACACGGUAGAAGCUGAUGGGAGCAAUGAUGAAGGCUACGAAGCUGCGGAUGAAGGCCUGGAAGAUGAAGAAGAUGAAAAGAGAAAAAUUUCAGCUAUCCGUUCCUAUCGGGAUGUAAUGAAGUUGUGUGCUGCUCAUCUCCCAACUGAAUCAGAAGCACCAAAUCAUUAUCAGGCAGUGUGUCGUGCACUGUUUGCAGAGACGAUGGAGCUGCAUACAUUUCUGGCCAAAAUUAAGAGUGCAAAGGAAAAUCUUAAGAAGAUUCAGGAAAUGGAAAAGAGUGAUGAGUCUAGCACAGACCUGGAGGAACUGAAAAAUGCUGACUGGGCACGUUUCUGGGUACAGGUGAUGAGGGAUUUACGGAAUGGGGUAAAACUUAAGAAGGUUCAGGAGCGACAGUACAAUCCUUUGCCCAUUGAAUAUCAGCUCACCCCUUAUGAAAUGCUAAUGGAUGACAUUCGAUGCAAAAGAUACACUUUGCGAAAAGUGAUGGUGAAUGGUGAUAUUCCCCCUCGGUUAAAAAAAAGUGCUCAUGAAAUCAUCCUGGACUUCAUCAGAUCAAGACCUCCUUUAAAUCCAGCCUCAGCCAGAAAACUGAAACCAACCCCACCUCGGCCACGCAGCCUCCAUGAAAGAAUACUAGAAGAAAUUAAGGCAGAAAGAAAACUGCGACCUGUCUCACCAGAAGAGAUCAGACGGAGCCGAUUAGAUGUAACUACCCCAGAGUCUCCAAAGAAGGUUGUGGAAUCAUCUAUAGUGAACGGAGGUUUGACAUCACAAACAAAAGAAAAUGGGUUAAAUGCCACACAGCAUGUGCCUGUGCAACGCAAGAAGCUCCUCAAAGCCCCAACCCUGGCCGAACUGGACAGCUCCGACUCCGAGGAGGACACUCUGCCCAAGUUGGCUGGCAGCAGCAGCAGCAGCAGCAGCAGUAGCAGCAGCAGCAGCAGCGGUGUGUCUGCCCCCAUCCCUGAGGAGCUGGCAGCCGGGGCUGUGUGCCCAAGGAAGAAGCCUCCAAAAUUCUUGCCCAUAUCAUCAACACCCCAGCCAGAGAGGCGGCAGCCACCUCAGAGACGACAUUCCAUUGAGAAGGAGACACCCACCAACGUGAGGCAGUUUCUGCCCCCAUCCAGGCAGAGCUCCCGCUCUCUUGAGGAAUUCUGCUAUCCAGUGGAAUGCCUCGCUCUCACUGUGGAGGAAGUGAUGCAUAUUCGGCAGGUCCUGGUGAAGGCAGAGCUGGAGAAAUACCAACAGUAUAAAGAUGUCUACACCGCCCUGAAAAAAGGAAAGCUCUGCUUUUGUUGCCGAACCAGGAGGUUUUCCUUCUUCACUUGGUCUUACACCUGUCAGUUCUGUAAGAGGCCCGUGUGCUCACAGUGUUGCAAAAAGAUGCGGCUGCCCUCCAAGCCAUACUCCACACUUCCUAUCUUUUCAUUGGGACCUUCAGCCUUGCAAAGAGGGGAAAGUUGUGUGAGGUCAGAAAAGACCUCCACUGGCCACCAUCGGCCACUCCGGAGCAUCACCAGGUUCUCCUCAAAAUCUAAGUCUGUGGACAGAUCAGAUGAAGAACUGCAGUUUCCCAAGGAGCUGAUGGAGGACUGGAGCACGAUGGAAGUGUGUGUAGACUGCAAAAAGUUCAUUUCUGAAAUCAUCAGCUCCAGCCGGCGCAGCCUGGUACUGGCCAACAAAAGAGCCCGGUUGAAAAGGAAAACCCAGUCUUUCUACAUGUCUUCACCGGGCCCCUCCGAGUACUGCCCUUCCGAGAGGACCAUCAACGAGAUCUGAGCCUGUGCCUUGCAGUCACUCUGUGUCCAGGCUGGCAUGCGUGUGUGAGAACACUGACCCAGACCAGCGCUGCUUCCCGCGGUUUUAUUUAACAGGCUUGAAUUUGCAUUAGAUCAGAUUUUUGCUGCAUCACAUUGUUCCACAGACUGAAUGCUGUGUUCGUAUCGAUUGAUGCGAUGUGACAGGUCAGCCAAUUGCUCGUUUGCACUGAGAGAGGACAAGAGUUUGAAACUUGCUUUUGUGAGUGUGUGGCUUUGGAAGCCUGAAACCUUUUCCUUGGCUCAGUUCCUUAUUCGUCUUCAAAUUAUUUCCUGACUAAGGCAAAAAGCUUCUCACGUGAGAAAUCAGUGUGACAGAGGUGUCGAUGUUAGCACAGUUCUAAGCAGUAAGUCAUAUUGGCAUUUCCACAUGACAGUGUUCCUAUCUCAUGUACAUAACAGCCCAGAGCCUGCCCUGCGCCAGGCACUUGCAGGCGGACCUGGCUCUGUGUCACCUCGCAGCACAAAACCUACCAGACACUGCUGAUACCACCCAGCUGAUUUUUAGAUCAUUGUUGUCCUGAGACAAAAACUGCAUCAGGGGCUUUGCACCUGCAUCCUAGUGCAAGACAUCGCAAUAAGCUGUGCCCCCACGAGGACGGCCGGUUCCUCUGAGCAGCCGUUGUUGGUCUGGUGUUCUGGUCCAGUGUCUCCUGAGUGGGUGACGCUUUCAUUCCCUAUCAUGGAUGUGUAAUAAUGGGUACCAGUAAUUUGAUAAAGAAGCUCUAGGAAUUAAGUUUAGUGGGAAUUUCAGGACAAGGGAAAGCUACAAACGUGUUGAACUGUUGAGUGUAUUUUGGUUAACUGUGGGAAGGGCUGGGACAGCACAGGGUGCCAGAAGGAAGGCACUCAUACAUUUUCAGCAUUUUUCACAACUUUAUAGUACAGCCGUCAUGACUAAAUUCAGCCACAAUUUGGUACCUAAGGCCUCAAACUGAAAUUUAUUUUUAUAAAUGAAUUUUAAAAGAAAAAUAUAUCUAGUUCCUUUAAAACCUCCAAAAUAAUUAACCUGCUGACAGCAACAUUUUUGGAUGCUUUUUGCAACUAGUUCUCCUUAGAAGUGACUCAAAUGAGUAGGUUGGGUUUUUGAUGAAGGUAGCUUGGAGGGCAGCUUUGUGUAUCUGAAGUUUCUCAGUUUCUUUGGCCCAUCCCACGUGCUUUAUCAUUGUGGUGUGCCUGGAAUGACCAACCAAUUCAAGUUGCCAUUGAUGUUGGGAAAAUUGGAUGGUGCACAUACACAAUUUCUUGAAAGGUACAAAACACAAAUGCAAUCAACACUGUGACAGCACCAUUUAACAAAAGGCAUGGCUGUCACAUUUCAUAAUACAUCAAAAUAUAGGAACAUUUCUGUACUAAGUUAACAAUAAUACCUCAGAACUGCUCCACUAGUAAUUUUUAAUGGAUUGAAAUUUUAAAAUUAGUAAAUGGCUUUAAAUUACGUAAUGAAAUAAACUUUAACAGUUGACUAAAGUAAUGCAUGUUAACAGUCCCGUCUGUAUUUGCAUGUGAACGUGGGCCACCAGGGAACCCUUCCUGACAAUGUAAGCUCAAUUAAGUUUGUAUUAUUUUUAAAGGCUCUUGUUAAAGGGCCUUAAAAGUUAUACCAGGGGAAUAUCAUGUAUAAAAUUUUCCAUGAGACCAUCUGAACUCAAUACUGCAGUUAGGUGGAAGCCAUCUCCUCUGAUGGCCAGAGGCUUGACCUUCCUCAGUGGUCCAGGAGAGGAAGUGGUAGUCUGUGGUACGUAAACCUGCACCUGGGGCAGUGUGCGUUUUAAAUUGAAGAAGCUGAGCCACCUGAAUGAGAAUUUUGUUCAUAUUCACAAAGCAAUAUCUAGUCACUGCCUUCACCUCUUCGGGUUUAUGAUACGGUAUAGGAUGACUUGGGCAUUGUGAUUGCCUCUUCCCAGAGCAUCGGAAUGUGAAUGCCAAAGCAUGAACAAGGCUUGCCAGGGGCUUUAAGGAAAUCAAGUGCAGGUGUGUCCAUGUGAAACCAUUUGCAGAAAGUAGCUAAGAAAAGGCCCAGGCACGGUUAAUGUUGUAGAAGUUAAAUUAGCAUUAUUUUGGGUGCCAAAACAAAUGUUUGGAUUUAACCCUCUCUGAACCGUGAGGUGUGCCUGCUCCUCUGCACUCUUGAGUUAGCUGAUUUCCCAUGGAGUGAUUCACUAGGAGUUAUGGAGCUUGACUUUCAAAUCCUUAGCCUAGUCUGAUUUCAGGCAGAGCCUCCUUUUCUCAUAAAAUAACCUCCCAUCAUCGCAGUGUUUCUCUUUGUCCUGGUUUCCUGCUGCCCAGCUUUUACUCCUAAUCCAACAACAAAAAUAUUGUUGUCUGGCUGGACUCAGUUGAUGUCUGAUGUGUGCGUAUCUGAACCCAUCCCUCCUCUCAUCCAGCUCCCUCCCCGUGUGAGCACCAGUUCCUUUUGUCCCCUCCACCAAGAGUCACCGUGUCGGGAAACCUCUGCUUCCCUCCCCACGGCGUAACUUUUUAUCAGUGUCAGAGUAUAUAAGAAUAUUUGUAAAUACUGUAAUAUAUUAAUAAUUGAAAGGCAUUCAUUCAGUGGACAAUGGGAAUUAACUCUCCCAAGGCAAGUGAAAAUUGAAUAAUUUAUAUGUACAUUGACUUAACAUUGUCUUACUAGAUUUUGAAUCUUAAGCCUUUCAGGUUAAACUAAGAAGGUUGUUAACGUAGGAGUUUUUAAAAUGUCUUAUGUUUGAAGCGGUUAUGUGAUUAUCACCAUGAACUCAAACAUGAAAUUUUUAAGGCUUUUAUUUUUCUAACUAUAUUAAUAAAUACAGGACUGGAUUUUAGGUGUCAUACGGAAACGUGAAAGUUUAUCAUGUUGUUGUGUGCUAAAGCAGACUAGUGAAGCAUUUUGUACGUGCAAAACUGCUGAAGGACCGAGAAGAAACGUGUACUACUGACUGGCUCCCUGUCUGUGUCAGAGUCAGGCAUUGUUGGCAUUCAGGGUUACAGGAUGGUACCAAGUGUUUUCCAUUUUAUUUUAAGGAAAUUUAUUUAGGGAAGAAUAAAAUGGCUUUC